CCCAUCUUCACAUCUUCAGCUCACAAACAUCUCAAGAUGCUGCAGUUACUACCGCGGUAAUGACAGAUGUGGUUCAGGACUUGAAGACAAUCCUUCCAAAUCUACAGAAUGUCCACAUAUUUAGUGAUAACGCAGGUUGUUACAAGAGUUCAUUAACAUUGUCAACUCUAAGACAUGACAUUGGGAAAGCACUGGCAUCGUAUAACUUUAGUGAAGCCCAGAAUGGGAAAGGUCCUUGUGAUAGAAGAGCCGCCCAUGCCAAAUUUGUCAUAAAAAGAUUUAUUAAUGAAGGAAGAGACGUCACUUCUGCACUUGAUAUGAAAAAGGCCCUAGAGAAAUUUGGACAAAAAACAUACAGAGUAAGAGUAGUUGACACCGUUUUAGAUCUGGAUGCAGAAAAACAUAAAGAGUCAAUAAAGAAUGUCUCCAAUUUCUACAACUUUAAUUUUGGAGAUGAUGGCCUGAGAAUGUGGCAGGCAUACAACAUUGGUGAAGGGAAAUUGGUGCAGUGGGAUUCCCUCAAGCCAUCUAAGAAUGCUGUGCAGUUAAAGGUCAUCAGUGAUUGGACUGACAUAGCAAUAUCAGAUUCCUAUGAAGGAAAUAAUUAG